UCUCCCCGAACCGCGUAAAUCCAUCUCCUCCCCUGUGGGGUUGGUGGAGGAGCACGGGCACGUUACAUACCGGUGAGCCAAGCCUUCGAAAUACAUGAAAUGAAUAGAUUUCGAUCCGUUUUCUGCAGAUCCAGUAUUACUGGGGCUUGGAUCAAGGCUGGCCACCAAUCUAGCGAGGCCCUUGUGAUACGUAGAAGAGGCGUGGGAGGAGUUCCAGCAUCCAGGGAGGUUCAUCAGCUCAACAUGGAGUCCACGAAGAAAGGCGCGAAGGAUGAUGGUGUGUGUGACGAUGGCAAGUGCAUGAGCAGGACACAACCUCAACCGCCGUCCAAGCUUCAGGCGAUCAUGCGGCAACAUGGCUUAGAUGGAUGGGAUAAAUGUUGGGAGGAAGAAUUUGCACCUUGGGACUUAGGAAAGCCAACGCCGGUCGUUCUUCAUCUUGUUCAGAACGGAUCCCUCCCAAAAGGCAGGGGCCUUGUCCCAGGAUGUGGUAGUGGGUAUGAUGUAGUGGCUCUUGCCAGUGCUGAUCUCUUUGUUGUAGGUUUGGACAUAUCAGAAAAGGCUAUUAAACGGGCCAAAGGAUUAUUUUCCUCAGCCACCAAUUUUGAUAACUUUGCCUUCAUCGCUGCUGACUUUUUCACUUGGAGACCAACAGAGUUGUUUGAUUUUAUCUUUGAUUAUACGUUUUUCUGCGGCCUGGAACCAAGCAUGAGGUCAGCUUGGGCAAAAGGCAUGCAUGAACUCUUGAGAAUUGAUGGGGAACUUAUUACAUUGAUGUUCCCAGUUGAUGAUCAUAUCGGAGGUCCACCAUUUAAAGUUUCUGUGACUGAUUAUGAGGAAGUGCUACAUCCAUUUGGUUUCAAGGCAAUCACAAUUGAAGAUAAUCAACUUGCAAUUAAGCCUCGGAAGGGAAGAGAAAUAUUGGGGAGGUGGAGGAAGACUGCGUAUCCUUCUCGAAUGUGAGAGUAACAGAUGAACGAAGAUUCCAAACCACUCAUGUAAGAAUUACUUAGGUUCUCAGUUUCUCACUUAUGGAUGUCUUCUUCUCUGUCACAUGCUUUAUUUAUUUAGUUAGUUGCUCGCGGGCAACUGCUGAUUCACUGAUUCAUGUAUGCAAUGGAAGUGAGGAACAGUUUCAAGGAGAAAAUCCCUUCACAUAUAAUGAAGCAUAUACUGGAAUUUUUCUUUA